CUUAGGGAAUCUUCUGCAUCUAGGAGCUCUUCAUCAAUAGGCCUGGUGAGGAAGAAAUGGUGGAUUCAGAAGCUGGCUGAUCCUGUAGUAGCCUGGUCCCAGAUCUGUUUGCGCUAUCAUGUCAACUUCACUGGUGUACCACUCACCCCCGCAGCCCCCGCAAGGUGGGGGGGGCCCACAGGCUCUUUUUCCCCCCUGGAGUCCCUCCCCCUCCUUGGAGUCACCCUCCCCCCCCCCCCCCCCCCCUCUCCCUGGAGUCCCCCCCAGAUAGCAAAUGAACAUGUCAUAAGCCAUGGCAAAAACAUUUAGAAUUCCAGUAAAUUGGCUGAAAAACUUCAGCAUCAUGGCAAAAUGUGUAGAAUAGUCACAGAGGUUCUCCACACUACCAAAGCUGACUCUUUCUCCUCUGUUCUCAUCCUCCUAGAUCUAUCCGCUGCCUUCGACACCGUGAACCAUCAGAUCCUCCUCUCAUCCCUCUCAUGGCUGGGUGUCACAGGCUCUGCACACUCUUGGAUUGCAUCCUACCUGGCAGGCCGCUCCUACCAGGUGACAUGGAGAGGAUCUGUGUCUGCACCACGUACUCUCACUACUGGUGUCCCCCAAGGCUCGGUUCUAGGCCCUCUCCUCUUCUCUCUAUAAGUCACUCGGCUCCAUCAUAUCCUGGCAUGGUCUCUCCUAUCAUUGCUAUGCGGAUGAAACACACAUCAACUUUUCUCCAUCCCCCCCUUCUGACACCCAGGUGGCGACACGCAUCUCUGCGUCCCUGGCAGAUAUCUCAACUUGGAUGUCGGCCCACCACCUCAAGCUCAACCUCGACAAGACGGAGCUGCUCUUCCUCCUGGGGAAGGCCUGCCCGCUCAAAAGACCUCUCCAUCACGGUUGACAACUCCACAGUAUCGCCCUCCCAGAGUGCAAAGAACCUUGGCGUGACCCUGGACAACACUCUGUCGUUCUCUGCAAACAUCAAACCAGUGACUCGCUCCUGCAGGUUCAUGUUCUACAACAUCUGUAGACUAUGACCCUACCUCACACAGGAAGCAGCGCAGGUCCUAAUCCAGGCGCUUGUCCUCUCCCAUCUGGACUACUGCAACUCGCUGUGGCUGGGCUCCCCGCUUGUGCCAGCAAACCCCUGCAAUUUAUCCAGAAAGCUGCAGCCUGCCUGGUUUUCAACCAUCCCAAGUUCUCUCAUGUCACCCCGCUCCUCCGCACACUCCACUGGCUUCCAGUCGAAGUUUGCAUCCACAACAACAACCAUGGUGCUUAACUACGGAACAGCAAGAGGAACUGCCCCUCCCUACCUUCAGGCUAUGCUCAAACCCUACACCCCAACUCGAGCACUCUGUUCUGCCACCUCAGGUCUCUUGGCCCUCCCACCCCUACGGGAAGGCAGCUCACGCUCAGCCCAGUCCAAGCUUGGUCUUUUACCUGUGAUAUGUGGUUGUCCCACCUAGCUAUCUUAAGAUGAAUGCACUAACUGUAAGUUGAUCUGGAUAAGAGCAUCAGCUAAAUGACUCAAAUGUAAAUGUACAAUUAUUAGCUAUAAAACUGUACAUUUUUCACUCUGCCCCAUGGCAAUAGGUGUAGAAUUGCAGGAAAUUAGCUUUAAAGAUGCCAAAUUCUCUCAGCCUCAUUGCAGAAUUAUAUGAGAUUAGCUGUAAAACUGCAGAUUUUUCUCUCUGUCCCAUGGUAAAAUGUGUAGAAUUGCAAGAGAUUAGCUAUAAAACAUACUUUUUUACCCCCAGUACCAGUCAAAAGUUUGGACACACCUACUCAUUCAAGGGUUUUUCUUUAUUUUUUUACUAUUUUCUACAUUGUAGAAUAAUAGUGAAGACAUCAAAACUAUGAAAUAACACACAUGGAAUCAUGUAGUAACCCAAAAAGUGUUAAACAAAUCAAAAUAUACUUUAUAUUUGAGAUUCUUCAAAGUAGCCACCCUUUGCCUUGAUGACAGCUUUGCACACUUUUGCCAUUCUCUCAACCAGCUUCAUGAGGAAUGCUUUUCCAACCGUCUUGAAGGAGUUCCCACAUAUGCUGAGCACUUGUUGGCUGCUUUUCCUUUAUCUGCGGUCCAACUCAUCCCAAACCAUCUCAAUGGGGUUGAGGUCGGGUGAUUGUGGAGGUCAGGUCAUCUGAUGCAGCACUCCAUCACUCUCCUUCUUGGUCAAAUAGCCUUUACACAGCCUGGAGGUGUGUUUUGGGUCAUUGUCCUGUUGAAAAACAAAUGAUAGUCCCACUAAGCGCAAACCAGAUGGGAUGGCGUAUCGCUGCAGAAUGCUGUGGUAGCCAUGCUGGUUAAGUGUGCCUUGAAUUCUAAAUACAUCACUGACAGAGUCACCAGCAAAGCACCCCCACACCAUCACACCUCCCCCUCCAUGCUUCACGGUGGGAACCACACAUGCAGAGAUCAUCCGUUCACCUACUCUGCAUCUCACAAAGACACGGCGGUUGGCAGAUUUCCACUGGUCUAAUGUCCAUUGCUUGUGUUUCUUGGCCCAAGCAAGUCUCUUCUUCUUAUUGGUGUCCUUUAGUAGUGGUUUCUUUGCAGCAAUUCGACUAUGAAGGCCUGAUUCACGCAGUCUCCUCUGAACAGUUGAUGUUGAGAUGUGUCUUGAACUCUGUGAAGCAUUUAUUUGGGCUGCAAUCUGAGGUGCAGUUAACUAUAAUUAACUUAUCCUCUGCAGCAGAGGUAACUCUGGGUCUUCCUUUCCAGUGGCGGUACUCAUGAGAGCCAGUUUCAUCAUAGAGCUUGAUGGUUUUUGUGACUGCACUUGAACAAACGUUCAAAGUUCUUGAAAUUUCCCGGAUUGACUGACCUUCAUGUCUUAAAGUAAUGAUGGACUGUCGUUUCUCUUUGCUUAUUUGAGCUGUUCUUGCCAUAAUACGGACUUGGUCUUUUACCAAAUAUGGCUAUCUUCUGUAUACCAACCCUAUUUUGUCACAACACAACUGAUUGGCUCAAACGCAUUAAGAAGGAAAGAAAUUCCACAAAUUAACUUUUAACAAGGCACACCUGUUAAUUGAAAUGCAUUAAAGGUGACUACCUCAUGAAGCUGGUCCAUCCAGGAUGGAGGAGUCUCAGAAGGUAGGGGGUGUGCAAAGUGGCUAUCCUGCAUCACUCAUCAAGGCAAAGGGUGGCUACUUUGAAGAAUCUCAAAUAUAAAAUAUACUUAUAUUUGAUUAACACCUUUUUGGUUACUACAUGAUCCCAUAUGUGUUAUUUCAUAGUUUUGAUGUCUUCACUAUUAUUCUACAAUGUAGAAAAUAGUACAAAUAAAGAAAAACUCUGGAAUGAGUAGGGUGUCCAAACGUUUCACUGGUACUGUAUGUAGCACCCAAAGAUUCUAGCUUUAAGGAGAAUACUGUCCUGUUUUUCUGUCUGUUACCUACAGCCAGCGCUUGGGAAGACCAAGUCUAAAGGGUUGGCAUGUCUUGGACCUGACUUUGUGUACGGAACUGUCCACGACCAUCCAGGACGGAGGAGUCUCAGAAGGUAGGGGGUGUGCAAAGUGGCUAUCCUGCAUCACUCAAUUGGGUGUUAGCCUACCCGAAAUCAUGACUAUUAUUAUGAAUCCUCCUUUGCAGCCCCUGUGGUCCAUUCUUUACUUUAGCCCCAGACUAAGCAUUGAUAGGUGAGUGGAACCCCUCCACAGCACACAAUAAAAUUUAAAAAAACUCCACAGCACAUGGUAAAAAUGAUCUUGGAUAUUAUUCAAUGUGUCUGUCAGGCACACACACGCUGGCUGCACUGGAGAGGGCUGGAUUGUACCCCAUAUGGCUAACUAUUUCACUACUUAGGGAAUAGGGUGCCAUUUGGGAUAUAACCCAUGUGUCCCCAUUACCGUCAGCCCUGAUGUCACAGUGUGUUUGGUUGAGAAAGCGUCCCCUCAGGCAGCCGGCCCUCCCUGUCACUCUCCCUCUUCUCACCAGCUAAACUGUGCAUGGCCUCCUCCUCGUCCUCAACUUCCGUCAGCGGACAGACGCUGGGGAAUGUCAAACUCUCUCCUGAACCCCCACCAAACCAACCCUCGAACCCCCCUCCAGGCCCUCGCCACCCACACCCAGUGGGAACGUCUCCCGAUCGGGCUCGACUGUCAAUCGUGAGCCGCUCUAAGUGUUUAAACACUCAACUCUCUCAAAUUAAACCCCCCCCCCCCCCUUAGAUCUGUCACUACCCACUAGACAGAGAGCGCUCUUUUAAAAAUGUUGUUAAAAAAACAGUGUGAAUUUCAAUAAUUGUGACAAGGAUAACAAAGGCACACUGUCAGCGACGGUGGUAACGACACCUGGGGAACACACCUCUAUCUCGUCACCGAGACAGAGAUGACUGAGAGAGGGAGUCAAGCGCCAUAUGAAGAUGUCACCGUCUCGCAACUAAUCAAAACCCCUCUGAUGGAAAUUGGUGUUGCAAUGAGCUGCUUCACAGAGAACAGUCUUGUUCCUACUCUUUACACAGCUAUAAAUAUUUCAGGAAAGACAUUAUCUACUGUACGUCAGCGAUUGAUGUAUCUUUGCAUAGUUGUAGCCCUGUAGACGCCACCCAGCUUGCACAUUUGGUUCCUUGAAUGUUGUGGGAACGUAUGUUUUUGGUUUUCCAUUGGUUGUGGGAAGGAAGCCAUACGUUUCCUGACUGGUAAAACUGAAGGUUUCUAAACGUUCUGAGAACAGAAGUGAACAUUUAGCCUGUUCUGGGAACGUUUUACUCUGGUUCCUUUAAAGUUUUCCUGGGAGGUUUUAUGAAAUCUCUGAGAUCAGAAAUUGAAGGUUAUUUGGAGGUCUUUGAAUAAAACUUUCACUGAAUGUUUCAAUAAGACUUUUAAUAACACUGCUUGCUUAUUUUGGGUCAACUUUUUUUUUAGAACUCCAUGCACAGAUAGGACACAUGGAAAUUCAUUUCCUUAGGCAUUAAUCAUGCAAACAUAUUUAUUUUUUUAUUGUGAUACAGCAUCAGUGAGAUAUGAACCUAUGAUCUUCUGUUCUCUAUCCAUGUAAUUAGUCCCCUGUGCCACCAGUAUGGAGCUAGCAUGCCAUGUUUUUUUACACACACAAAGCUGUUAAUUUUAGUCUAUUCAAACAGACCCCAUUUCAAAGGAAACAAGCACUCAUUAAGAUCAGGUGUGGCCAAUUGUGGGUGUGGCCAACAUCCCUGAACACACUUAACAAGAUAGAAGAUAGAGAUAGUUUUGUCUUAACGUUCGCAAAACAAUUUGAGAAAUGACUUUAAAUAGAACCAUGAGGAAACGUUAUGCUGAAGUACUGAAAUUCCUACAGAAGAAUGUUGUUUCUUAAUGCUCUCUAAACUAUUUGAGAACAUUCCCAAUGUCAAACCAGUUGGAGAACAUUCCUAGAACAUUACCAAAAUGUAAAUUAAAUGUAGCCAUGUUUGAACUCUUAGGAAACAUUUUGUUAAAGUUAUGAAAUAGGGAGAAAACAACUUUUAUUUUGUGAAGUUCCUUGAAUGUGCUGAGAAUGUUCCAAAGCCAAGCCACAAUCCUGCACUAUUCGCAGAAAGUUGUGGGAAGGUUUUAUGAAAAAUAACCAUAGGACAAUUACACUCUCACCAACCUCUAAGAAAUAUAUGGUUCUCAAACAUUAUGUGCUAGCUGGGCAUGCUUUGAGAUAGAAAUGGCUGCAUUGGACCUUUAAUAACAAAUUUGACAUUUGUCUUUGGGGGAAGUAACUGUGUUGAAGUAUAUAUGGGGAAAAGAUUGUUGAAGGGGUGGAUCUUAUUUAGUUUUGUCAACCUGAUUAUAUACAGGAAGAAAAACAGAAGUAAAUAAAUAAAUACAAAUAAUAACAAUAAUAAUACAUUUGAUUAAAAUAAAUAGUAAUUGCGUGUUAGAGGAGACACUUUGUGAAUACGGUCCCUGAACUAUCUCUCUGCCAUUGUGUUGUCUCCUACUCUCCCAGCCUUGUCCAACUGGCACACACACUCCCUGCCCACUAGUGGCAGUAGUGGCCACUCCAGGAGGCCUGAGAAGGACUUUGUGGCUCUGAACCGCGAGGGGGUGAAGUCCGGCCUGGUGACUGCCAAGGAGCAUUACCAGUACCGCGCCACCCACGACAGGAGACGAGCCGCCCCUGCCAGAAGGGGCUCUCAUGUCCCUGUGCCCCCUCGCAUCCCCCGUGACACUACCUUUGGCAUCUCGACACGGUGAGUGUCCCACUUUAUUUGAUCUGAUGUGGUGUUCAAAAUGACACCCUAUUCCCUAUCUAGUGCACUAGAUAGGUAAUAGCAAUAGGGUGUAAUUUCAGAUGCAACUUCUCUCAUACUGGAACAGGGCAUCACAACAUGAAGGGAAGGAAAUGAUAGUUACAAUACUGUGGAUGGCCAAUUUGCUAAUGUGUUCUAUCCAUUUUUAUUGAGAUAUAGCAGUAUAUGUUCUCUAUACUGUUUUCAUUUUGACAAAAGGUGAAUUUGCCAUUACACUUCUUAAUGUGAGCUGGACAGCCAGCCGACGCCACCACUUAGCUAACGAAUCAAUUUGUAGCUAUUAUGCACAACGGCACAACUUGUGUAGAACGUGCACGCUUUGCUCUGUAGCGUACAGACAUCUCUCCACCAAAGCUUUAUACGUGUCUGUCUCCUCUCAAGGGAACAAAUGUUUGAAUUCACAGCAGCAGUGGAUAUGUUAUUAAUAGAUCUCAAGCAAGAGAUCCCAUUGAAAUAAUGAAAUCACAACCACAGCAACAUGAAUAGGUGCCAGCAUUUAUUUAGCUUAAUUCCCUCGAUGAGGAUCUGCUCUCUGUGUGUUCAUAGGGAAAAAUCGGAACACUAAUCUAGUUGUUUUCAGCCGCAAUGCUGCUAAUAGGUUGUCAUGGCUGAUUGGAAGUCAGUGGUGAGGCUGUUUUAGCAAGUGUUUGUGUUUUGUGGAGGAUGUGUGUCUGUAUUAGUGGAGAUAUGACAGCCCUAGACCGCCUGCUGCAUCAAACAUCCUCUUGUCCCAGACACAGACAGCCCUACAACACUGGGCCAACACUGCCUGCAACAUACUGGACACACUCACUUAAAGAAGACAAGAUGCCACUAGCUGUAUCAUUACACAAGCAUUAUAGUAGUAUAGCAUUACAGACGGAUAGUAAAAUCCAAACUUCAAGUUUAUUGACAUUAUAUAGCAUUGGCUGGGGUAUCUUUACCCCAGUGCAAUCUGUAACAAUCGUGAAGCAUGAUGCAGUUUUGAAGCAUUCAGAGUCAGUACUAUGAAGAAUUCACAGUCAGUACUACUUCAGUCAGUACUAUGACGCAUUCACAGUCAGUACUAUGAAGCAUUCACAGUCAGUACCCAGCUAGCACUUAACUACAUGUGUCUUAGGUCUUGGUGAGAGCGUGUUUGUCCUAUGGUUCUUUUGCAUACCUUCCCACAACUUUCUGGGAAUGGUGCAGGAAGGAUAGUUGCUUGGCUUUGGAACACUCAGUACAUUUGAGGAACUUAACAAAAAAACAUUAUUUACUUGGUAUUUCAAACUCAUUCCACGGAGGGCCGGUUGUCUGCAGGUUUUUGUUUUUUCCUGACUUUAAGACCUAGACAACCAGGUGAGGGGAGUUCCUUACUAAUUAGUGACCUUAAUUAAUCAAUCAAGUACAAGGGUAGAGCGAAACCCGCAGACACUCGGUCCUCCGCGGAAUGAGUUUCACACAUGCUUUAACAGAACUUUUCCUAACAUUUCAAACAUGGUUACAGUUAAUUACAUUUUUGGUAAUGUUCUAGGAACUUUCUCCAAAUGGUUUGACAUUGGACAUUUUCUCAAAUAGUUCCAAAAAUAUCUUCAACAUUCAUCGGUGGGAAUUUCAGUAUUCAGCAUAACUUUUCCUACAGGUUUCCUCAUGGUUCUAUUUAAAGUAAUGUUCUCAAAUAGUUCCAAGAACGUUAAGAAACAACAAUCUUCUGUGGGAAUUUCAGUACUUUAGCAUAACGCUUCCUCAUGGUUUUAUUUAAAGUCAUGUUCUCAAAUUGUUCAGUCAACUUUAAGAAAUAACAUUCUUCUGUGGGAAUUUCAGUGCUUCUACAGAACAUUCCAUACAACUUCCCAUGUGGUUCUAUUUAAUGUCAUAUUUUUCCUACAUUCUGGGAACGUUCUCAAAAAUGGUGUGACUUAAACGAUGUUCUCAGAACGUUCAGUGUGUGUAUGGUUCUCUUUUAUGUCAGUUCUUUGCAAUAUUCUGGGAAUGUUCUAAAAAAUGGAAUUCUACAUAUUAACAUCAAUAAGCUCUAAAUUCCGUUCUCAGAACAUGAAGAAAACUUUCCAUAAAACCCCAAAGAAAAUGUUCUAAGAAUGUUAUUUAAAAACAUAUACAUUCCGUUCUCAACGUCAACAAAACUCUCUCUAUCCUCUAUCUUGUUAAGUGUGUUCAGGUGUGUUGGCUGUGCCCACUAAUUGGCCACACCUGAUCUUAAUGUGUGCUUGUUUCCUUUUCCUUUAGGGUUGGGGGUGGGAGAGGGAUGCGAACCCUGGUUAGGGUAAGGGUUAAGGUUAGGGUUGGGGGUGGGAGAGGGAUGCGAACCCUGUGUUGGGUAAGGGUUAAGGUUAGGAUUGGGGGUGGGAGCGGGAGCGGGAUGCGAACCCUGGUUAGGGUAAGGGUUAAGGUUAGGGUUGGGGGUGGGAGAGGGAUGCGAACCCUGGUUAGGGUAAGGGUUAAGGUUAGGGUUGGGGGUGGGAGAGGGAUGCGAACUCUGGUUAGGGUAAGGGUUAGGAUUGGGGGUGGGAGCGCGAGCGGGAUGCGAACCUUGGUUGGGGUAAGGGACAGGGUUGGGUAAGGUGAUAAGCCAGGGUUGGGUAGGGUUGGGUUCAGACAGAGAAUUGGAUGGGUUUGUGUUGUAUGCUUGUGUUGGCUGAAUGGGAGGGAGAGCCGCCAACGUGCUGUUCUUGAUCGUUCUUAAAAACCUCUGGGAGUUACCUUGCCCUCUAAGGACAUGAAAUAAGGUUGAGAUGGCAUGGUCCAGUAAGAAAAAUGUAUGCACUCAAUAACUGUAAGUCGCUCUGGAUAAGAGCAUCUGCUAAAUUACUAAAAUGUAAGAAUGUUAAAUGGGGUCUGUUUGAAUAGACUAAAAUGAACAGCUUUGUAUGCAUAAAGAAACAUGGCUUGCUAGCUCCAUCCUGGUGGCGCAGUGGACUAAUUCCAUGGAUAGAAACCAGCCAUGUCACAAUAGAAAAUACAUGCAUAAUUAAUGCCUAAGCAUCAAUUGGUCCUAUCUAUGCUUGAAGUUCAAAAAAGUUAACCCAACAUAAGAAAGCAGUGCUAUUAAAAGUCUAACAUUCAAUAAAAGUUCACAAUAUUUAGAGAACGUUAUUUAACCCUCUAGAGUCUACUAAGUCCUGUCUAAGCCGGGGGACAUUGAAUUUGGCAUUACUUCUAUUAGCCAAUAGAAACGCAUUGAAUAACAGAUUCACUACAUGGAACAACAGAUAGUCCCCCAAAAAAAUCUAAAAUAAAGUUUGUUCUGAAGUGUCUGUCCUAUAUCUGAGAGAUAAAAGAAAGAUCAGGAAACAAUAUAUAUAUAUAUUUUUUUACAUGCAUUUAUCCCCUUAUUUUAGGCACUAGACUAUCUCCAUAUAUACAUCCAUUAAUUUUUUUAACUGGUACCAGGGACCUUCAGACGAGUCUUGUGAGGCAUCCUAAAACAGAGAACACCAUCAUGUUCAUGAGUGUCUCAGCUUUCCACAGAGGGGUCAUUUUAGUGUGCAGCCCAAACCAUUCCGAUGCUACAGACAGAAGUUGGCAGAAGAGGCUGUACCUAUUUCAGAGAACACCAUCGUGUUCGUGAGAGUCUCAUCUUUAAUAGUUAGUAGGCCAAACCGUUUGGACGCUACAGACAUUUUCGUGAGAAGACCGAUUUUUGGGACGUCUCAUGGUCUGACAAAGACCGCUCUAGCUCUGCCAGCUUUCACCUUUCAGAUGCGGAAGGUCGAUAUCGGCGGAUGCGGUGGAUUGAGACACAGCCCAUGCAAAAAAACAUAUCUCUAGCUUAAACAGAUGGAUUUUGAUGGGGAUUUUUUUAUUAUGUUAAUUAGAUUUCCACGGGGCCGCGGAAAUUGUAGCCGAAGGGUUCAUUACUGUCAAAUAACCUAUAAUUUCCGUUCUCAGAGCAUUGAAACAACUUUCAAGUAACCAGAGUAAAAAGUUCUCAGAACCUCCCUGCAACCUAAAAAUAAACACUCCCAGAACAGGCACAAUUGUCACUUCUUUUUUCAGAAUGUAAAAUAAAAUAUUACGUUUUACCGGUACAGAAAGGUAUGGCUUAAUUCCCACAAUCAAUGUGAAACCAAAAACAUACGUUCCCACAACUAUGAAGCAUUUAGUCAGUAUGAAGCAUUCACAGUCAGUACUAUAAAGCAUUCUGUCAGUACUAUGAAGCAUUCACAGUCAGUUCUAGCAUUCACAGUCAGUACUACGAAACACUCAGUCAGUACUGUGAAGCAUUCACAGUCAGUAUUAUGAAGCAUUCACAGUCAGUACUAUGAAGCAGUGGUGUAGUGCUAUUUUAUUUAGGGGAAGGAGCGCAAACAAAUUACAUAAAUGACGUCAUCAUUUCUCAUUCAAAGUUUGUACCGACAGAUGUAGAAUAGGCCUAUCCAUAAAAUCCAUCCUCCAAUUGCAACAUCUGCCUAUGCCCACACAUUUUGUCUCAAUAUUUUAUUUUAUUUGUAAUUCACUGAAACACCAAGUUAGGCAUAGGCCUACCUUAUUUCAAAAUAGUAAAUUAUACUUCUUCAUGUUUUACCGGUGAAAUGUCCGAACUGCAUGCUAAUCAUUUGAGCUCAAUCAGUUUCAUGGGGAUAUGCAUUUAGAUCUUCUUGAAUGACUGUUUCGUGAGCGGAUUGUGUUAACAAACUAUAAGCCUUUCUUGGACCCCUAUUUUGUUUCAAUCAAAGCAUCCUGCCUCCUGGCGCACGCGCUGUUGAGUUUGAGAUGUAUUUUUACUAUUCAGCUUCAGAUAAGAAAGGACUAAGGAAUGAGGAGGUGUUUUUGGUGUAACAUAUUACAGUAUAUGCUAUUCUUUUCGGUUCUGUUAUGUAAAAUACGAAUUAGUCAUUAUGAUCUUGCGAGAGAUUGACUCAGCUUUAAUCAACAUUUACUAAACGGCACCAUUGUGAGAAGAGAGAAUCUUCUAUUUGUAAUAAUAAUAAGUGAUGAGUAGGACGUAGGCAACGGAUCUUGAUGGUGAGGGUUAAGCGAUUUGAGCGCCCUUCGAAUUGUGGUGCUGAAAGGAUAGCAUAUUGGUCACAUAUUGUUCUGGGUUCCGAUACACAAGAGGGGGAGUUCUUCCAAUUUGGCCUGCUCAAAGUGGUCAAGCCUCAGACCGACGGGUCUCUGCACAUGCCUACAGUAAUUCAUCAUUCGCGCCACCGCCUGAGAGAGAAGACAGGGAAGAAACCACCAUUUACCUACCUAUAGGCUGCUGUAGCCUACAUAUAUAUUUAGUUUGUCAUUAUAUAAUUUUCAUGGAAUUUUAGUGGUAAUUAAAUAUAAUUUAUUGAGAAUCUAUCAGAAUUAAUUUCAGCAAUAUUUUUACCAGAUCCAUGUAUUCUCAAAUUGAAAAAAGUGUAGGAGCGCCAAAUUAUACAAAUAUAAAGCCCAUCAUCCACACACAUUCUUUCAAUGAACAUUUUGAUUUUUGGAAUUGGUUUAAGAAAGACAUUAUGGACGUGGACAUGUGUUAGUUCCGAUUGUCUGAUCCUGCUGGCUCAUACGCCGUAGCCCCUGAGUUGAGAGCGCAGGCUGGGGAUGGAGAGGAGCGGGAGGGCUUGGGGUGGUAGAGGGACUAUGUGAGAAAGAAAACCUAUUCAUCAUCGAGAUCGUUGCCUCCACCAUCAUGUGACAGGGGAUCUCACAUCACAUCCUAAGUGUAGUAGGAUUGUCACAAUACCAGUAUGCGUUGAUACCACAAUAAUCGAUUUUACAUGGCAAAAAAAGAAAACACGAAGCAGACUGAAUUCUAUGCUCCUCCGGAAAUAAACAAAUGUGACUCUGGGUGACAACAGAAGGCUGUGUGUUUGGAACAUUAGCACUGUGUUGCUCAACAAAUAAGACUGGCAUUCAGUUCAAGGUGCAUUAUCAAAAGGUGCAUUGACCUUCACUUUUAAAGGUAAUUUACGAUAGGCUGACAUCAAGUGUUUACCAUGAAUGUGAUCUCUGCGAAUGUCAGGGAAAUUACCUUUAAUAGAUACAUCGCUGGUAGUGCAGUGCGCAGCGCUGCAACCGGCCUUUGAAUGAAUCCUGGCCGAAGUCAUCUUCAUGUUUUGUUUCCUUGCCAUAAUACUUCGGAGUGUCGCGAUACUGGUAUCGUGAAAACCCUCAAAUGCAGGGAUUGUUACGACGAGGCAUAUGGGCAUAGGUUACAAGAGUCCUAUCUUUAUCCUCUCCCUCCUUGUGGGCAAUGGAUCUGUAAAAUGUAGCAGGAUUAUUUGGCUAACAACACCCUUGUGUGCAGUUGCUCUAUUUCUCAGAUAGUCUUUCCCCAUCCUUCUCUCUCUUUCCCCUCUUGGUGUCAAGAGCAGGUUUAUCUUCUUCUAUCCUGACGCUUGGGCCUGUGUCAGGGGGCUGAGGCAGGGUCAGGGAGUGGGGUACCAUAACAGAUCAUAUCAUGGUUCCCUGGGGACUUGUUUGGCCCCGCACCCUAUCUACCAAAUGCCAAGGUGAACUCUAAUGUGCAUGAGUUAGGAUCCUACUACUGAAGCCCCCCUUCCCCCAUGCAUACAGUGAGGGAAAAAAGUAUUUGAUCCCCUGCUGAUUUUGUACGUUUGCCCACUGACAAAGACAUGAUCAGUCUAUAAUUUUAAUGGUAGGUUUAUUUGAACAGUGAGAGACAGAAUAACAACAAAAAAAUCCAGAAAAACGCAUGUCAACAAUUUUAGAAAUUGAUUUGCAUUUUAAUGAGGGAAAUAAGUAUUUGACCCCCUCUGCAAAACAUGACUUAGUACUUGGUGGCAAAACCCUUGUUGGCAAUCACAGAGGUCAGACGUUUCUUGUAGUUGGCCACCAGGUCAAGUCAUUAAGGUUUCGAGGCUGACGUUUGGCAACUCAAACCUUCAGCUCCCUCCACAGAUUUUCUAUGGGAUUAAGGUCUGGAGGCUGGCUAGGCCACUCCAGGACCUUCAUGUGCUUCUUCUUGAGCCACUCCUUUGUUGCCUUGGCCGUGUGUUUUGGGUCAUUGUCAUGCUGGAAUACCCCAUCUACAACCCAUUUUCAAUGCCCUGGCUGAGGGAAGGAGGUUCUCACCCAAGAUUUGACGGUACAUGGCCCCGUCCAUCGUCCCUUUGAUGCGGUGAAGUUGUCCUGUCCCCUUAGCAGAAAAACACCCCCAAAGCAUAAUGUUUCCACCUCCAUGUUUGACGGUGGGGAUGGUGUUCUUGGGGUCAUAGGCAGCAUUCCUCCUCCUCCAAACACGGCGAGUUGAGUUGAUGCCAAAGAGCUACAUUUUGGUCUCAUCUGACCACAACACUUUCAUCCAGUUCUCCUCUGAAUCAUUCAGAUGUUCAUUGGCAAACUUCAGACGGGCCUGUAUAUGUGCUUUCUUGAGCAGGGGGACCUUGCGGGCGCUGCAGGAUUUCAGUCCUUCACAGCGUAGUGUGUAACCAAUUGUUUUCUUGGUGACUAUGGUCCCAGCUGCCUUGAGAUCAUUGACAAGAUCCUCCCGUGUAGUUCUGGGCUGAUUCCUCACCAUUCUCGUGAUCAUAGCAACUCCACGAGGUGAGAUCUUGCAUGGAGCCCCAGGCCAAGGGAGAUUGACAGGUAUUUUGUGUUUCUUCCAUUUGCGAAUAAUCGCACCAACUGUUGUCACCUUCUCACCAAGCUGCUUGGCGAUGGUCUUGUAGCCCAUUCCAGCCUUGUGUAGGUCUACAAUCUUGUCCCUGACAUCCUUGGAGAGCUCUUUGGUCUUGGCCAUGGUGGAGAGUUUGGAAUCUGAUUGAUUGCUUCUGUGGACAGGCGUCUUUUAUACAGGUAACAAGCUGAGAUUAGGAGCACUCCCUUUAAGAGUGCGCUCCUAAUCUCAGCUCGUUACCUGUAUAAAAGACACCUGGGAGCCAGAAAUCUUUCUGAUUGAGAGGGGGUUAAAUACUUAUUUCCCUCAUUAAAAUGCAAAUCAAUUUAUAACAUUUUUGACAUGCGUCUUUCUGGAUUUUUUUGUUGUUAUUCUGUCUCUCACUGUUCAAAUAAACCUACCAUUAAAAUUAUAGAUGGAUCAUUUCUUUGUCAGUGGGCAAACGUACAAAAUCAGCAGGGGAUCAAAUACUGUUUUCCCUCACUGUAUGACAACACACUGAUGCUGAUACAUGAUAAUGAUAACAGCACACACAGUCCUAGAGCUAUGUAUUCUGAAGGAGGACGUAACAUUCCAUAACAGUCACUCUCUGCACUUGUGAGUGACUCUUUACUCACACUUAUGAGUAAAGGAAUGCUUACACUCCGUUCUAGGUGGCCUUAUUUCCGCCAUGAUAAGAAAGGAAGAAUCCUCAGAUCCAGGCAGACAGUACGGGCAGGGACCAAUCCUCUCUCGUCUUCCCCAGACCAGGCUGCUUGUAGCGGGGCUCCUGUAGCACCCCUGUCCAACUUGAUUAGGGCUCCAUGCUCGUGGAGAGGUGAUGAGUGCAGGGCCAUGUGGCACGCACUAAUGAAGCAAUAAAAGUCACCACGGGGGGUGGAGCUGGAGGGGAGGGGCCUGCAGGUUGCCAGUGCCGAGGCAGGCGUUAAUUGAGAUGUCCCAAUCAACUCAUAUUACCUCCGUAUUGCACACAUCACAUAGCAGAGAGAGAGAGCGAGAGAAUGGGGGGAGAGUUCCUCAGAUCCUCCUCCAUGCUCUUGUGGCUGAAUGGAAGCAAGUACCCAAAGCAAUGUUCCAACAUCUAGUGGAAAGCCUUCCCAGAAGAGGCUGUUAUAGCAGCAAAGGGGGGACCAACUCCAUAUUAAUUCCCAUGAUUUUGGAAUGAGAUGUUCGACGAGCAGGUGUCCACAUACUUGUCGUGUAGGUUCCCAAUCUAGCUGGCUAGCUAAAGCCAACUUCAUAAAAUUGCUAGGUGGCUAUUAUUACAGAGAAACAACAAAACAUUUCCAUUUUAUUUAUUCAUCAAGAAGGAAUCAAUAGGCUACAAAGCUAGAUCAAAUUCAUUUAGCAAAGAUAUCUCCAGUGAGCCCAUCACCGGCAGCUAAAAUCAAAUCAAAAGCUGUUUGUCACUCUACACACUCUCUUUUGUUCUGUGGUGCACCUUAGAAGGAAUCACUUACUAAGGAGAAUGGGGGGGACUCUCUGCCUGGUCCAGUCAGUGUGCCCCCUCCGCAAAAUACCGCUGACAGAUAUUUUUAUAAAUAAUUAUGAAAAACCUGGGCUUGAAAAUGAAAUUUAGUAAUUUAUUUAACAUCUGAUUAUAAAAAAAUGUACAGGACAAAUCUGAAGGGGCAUGUGCCCAUGUGCCCCCUAUGGGCAUGACGCCUCUGGUCAUAGUUACAGUAGCCUCAAAAUGUGGAUGUGGAUUUGUUACUCAUUUUAAGGUUGAACAUUACAUUCGUUUUAAGAUAGCCUUAACUUGGGCCUCCCGAGUGGCGCAGUGAUCUAAGGCACUGCAUUGCAGUGCUAGAGGCAUCACUACAGACCCGGGUUCGAUUCCAGGCUGUAUCACUACAAUUGGCCCAGCGUCGUCCGGUUUUAGGGGAGGGUUUGGCCAGGGGGGCUUUACUUGGCUCUAGCGACACCUUGUGGUAGGCCGGGCGCCUGCAGGCUGACCUCUGUCGUCAGGUGAACGUUUUCCUCCGACACAUUGGUGCGGCUGGCUUCCGGUUUAAGCGGGCGGAUGUUAAGAAGCGCGGUUUGGCGGGUGAUGUUUCGGAGGACUCGACCCGAGUCCGUUGGGGAGUUGCAUCAAUGAGACAAGAUCGAAAUUGGGGAGAAAAAGGGUUAUAUACAGUGAGGAGAACAAGUAUUUGAUACACAGCCGAUUUUGCAGGUUUUCCUACUUACAAAGCAUGUAGAGGUCUGUAAUUUUUAUCAUAGGUACAGUUCAACUGUGAGAGACAGAAUCUAAAACAAAAAUCCAGAAAAUCACCUUGUAUGAUUUUUAAGUAAUUAAUUUGCAUUUUAUUGCAUGACAUAAGUAUUUGAUCACCUACUAACCAGUAAGAAUUCCGGCUCUCACAGACCUGUUAGUUUUUCUUUAAGAAACCCUCCUGUUCUCCACUCAUUACCUGUAUUAACUGCACCUGUUUGAACUCGUUACCUGUUUAAAAGACACCUGUCCACACACUCAAUCAAACAGACUCCAACCUCUCCACAAUGGCCAAGACCAGAGAGCUGUGUAAGGACAUCCGGGAUAAAAUUGUAGACCUGCACAAGGCUGGGAUGGGCUACAGGACAAUAGGCAAGCAGCUUGGUGAGAAGGCAACAACUGUUGGCGCAAUUAUUAGAAAAUGGAAGAAGUUCAAGAUGACGGUCAAUCACCCUCGGUCUGGGGCUCCAUGCAAGAUCUCACCUCGUGGGGCAUCAAUGAUCAUGAGGAAGGUGAGGGAUCAGCCCAGAACUACACGGCAGGACCUGGUCAAUGACCUGAAGAGAGCUGGGACCACAAUCUCAAAGAAAACCAUUAGUAACACACUACGCCGUCAUGGAUUAAAAUCCUGCAGCGCACGCAAGGUCCCCCUGCUCAAGCCAGCGCAUGUCCAGGCCCGUCUGAAGUUUGCCAAUGACCAUCUGGAUGAUCCAGAGGAGGAAUGGGAGAAGGCCAUGUGGUCUGAUGAGACAAAAACAGAGCUUUUUGGUCUAAACUCCACUCGCCGUGUUUGGAGGAAGAAGAAGGAUGAGUACAACCCCAAGAACACCAUCCCAACCGUGAAGCAUGGAGGUGGAAACAUCAUUCUUUGGGGAUGCUUUUCUGCAAAGGGGACAGGACGACUGCACCGUAUUGAGGGGAGGAUGGAUGGGGCCAUGUAUCGCGAGAUCUUGGCCAACAACCUCCUUCCCUCAGUAAGAGCAUUGAAGAUGGGUCGUGGCUGGGUCUUCCAGCAUGACAACGACCCGAAACAUACAGCCAGGGCAACUAAGGAGUGGCUCCGUAAGAAGCAUCUCAAGGUCCUGGAGUGGCCUAGCCAGUCUCCAGACCUGAACCCAAUAGAACAUCUUUGGAGGGAGCUGAAAGUCUGUAUUGCCCAGCGACAGCCCCGAAACCUGAAGGAUCUGGAGAAGGUCUGUAUGGAGGAGUGGGCCAAAAUCCCUGCUGCAGUGUGUGCAAACCUGGUCAAGACCUACAGGAAACGUAUGAUCUCUGUAAUUGCAAACAAAGGUUUCUGUACCAAAUAUUAAGUUCUGCUUUUCUGAUGUAUCAAAUACUUGUGUCAUGCAAUAAAAUGCAAAUUAAUUACUUAAAAAUCAUACAAUGUGAUUUUCUGGAUUUGUUUUUAUUUUUUAGAUUCCGUCUCUCACAGUUGAAGUGUACCUAUGAUAAAAAAUGACAGACCUCUACAUGCUUUGUAAGUAGGAAAACCUGCAAAAUCGGCAGUGUAUCAAAUACUUGUUCUCCCCACUGUAUAUAUAUACACAGUACCAGUCAAAUGUUUGGACACACAUUUACAUUUUAGUCAUUUAGCAGACGCUCUUAUCCAGAGCAACUUACAGGAGCAAUUAGGGUUAAGUGCCUUGCUCAAGGGCACAUCGACAGAUUUUUCACCUAGUCGGCUCGGGGAUUAGAACCAGCGACCUUUCGGUUACUGGCACAACGCUCUUAACCACUAAGCUACCUGCCACCACACCUACUCAUUCAAGGGUUUUUCUUUAUUUAAAAAAAGUGUUAAACAAAUCCAAAUAUAUUUUAUAUUUGAGAUUCUUCAAAGUAGCCACCCUUUGCCUUGAUGACAGCUUUGCACAUUCUUGGCAUUCUCUCAACCAGCUUCACAUGGAAUGCUUUUCCAACAGUCAUGAAGGAGUUCCCACAUAUGCUGAGCACUUGUUGGCUGCUUUUCCUUCACUCUGCCGUCAGACUAAUCCCAAACCAUCUCAAUUGGGUUGAGGUCGGGGGAUUGUGGAGACCAGGUCAUCUGAUGCAGCACUCCAUCACUCUCCUUCUUGGAGGUGUGUUAGGUCAUUGUCCUGUUGAAAAACAAAUGAUAGUCCCACUAAGCCCAAACCAGAUGGGAUGGCGUAUCGCUGCAGAAUGAUGUGGUAGCCAUGCUGGUUAAGUGUGCCUUGAAUUCUAAAUAAAUCACAGACAGUGUCACCAGCAAAGCACACCAUAACACCUCCUCCUCCAUGCUUUACGGUGGGAACUACACAUGCAGAGAUCAUCCAUUCACUCACACCGCGUCUCACAAAGACACGGCGGUUGGAACCAAAAAUCUCCAAUUUGGACUCCAGACCAAAGGACACAUUUCCACCGGUCUAAUGUCCAUUGCUUGUGUUUCUUGGACCGAGCAGGUCUCUUCUUAUUAUUGGUGUCCUUUAGUAGUGGUUUCUUUGCAGCAAUUCGACCAUGAAGGCCUGAUUCACACAGUCCCCUCUGAACAGUUGAGAUGUGUCUGUAACUUGAACUCUGUGAAGCAUUUAUUUGGGCUGCAAUUUCUGAGGCUGGUAACUCUAAUGAACUUAUCCUCUGCAGCAGAGGUAACUCUGGGUCUUCCAUUCCUAUGGCGGUCCUCAUGAGAGCCAGUUUCAUCAUAGCGCUUGAUGGUUUUUGCAACUGCACUUGAAGAAACUUUCAAAGUUCUUGAAAUGUUCCGUAUUGACUGACCUUCAUGUCUUAAAGUAAUGGACUGUUGUUUCUCUUUGCUUAUUUGAGCUGUUCUUGCCAUAAUAUGGACUUGGUAUUUUACCAAAUAGGGCCAUCUUCUGUAUACCUUGUCACAACACAACUGAUUGGCUCAAACUCUUUAAAAAGGAAAGAAAUUCCACAAAUUAACCUUUAAGAAGGCACACUUGUUCAUUGAAAUGCAUUCCAGGUGACUACCUCAUGAAGCUGGUUGAGAGAAUACCAAGAGUGUGCAAAGCUGUCAUCAAGGCAAAGGGUGGCUAUUUGAAGAAUCUCAAAUAUAAAAUAUAUUUUGAUUUGUUUAACACUUUUUUGGUUACUACAUGAUUCCAUAUGUGUUAUUUCAUAGUGUCAUUUCAUGUCUUCUCUAUUAUUAUACAAUGUAAGAAAUAGUAAAAAUACAGAAAACCGUUGAAUGAGUUGGUGUGUCCAAACUUUUGACUGGUAGUGUAUAUACUGUGUGUGUAUAUAUAUAUAUAUAUAUAUAUAUAUAUAUAUAUAUAUAUAUAUAUAUAAAAUAAAUUAAAAAUUAAAAAGAGCCUUAACUUUAGGCUAUUUACUGUAAUACAAAAGUAAUAUUGAAUUGUGUUUGGUUGACAAUGCAACCAAAUAUCAACAUUUAAAGGAGGAGAUGUAUUUAGUGCUUGGAUAUUCCCAUCUCAGCCACUGGCUUAAUCCCAUUCUUUAACUUGUAUUUUUGGUCGAGUUGGAGACGUGAAUCCAACACAUAAUGAAUAGGCUAUUUAUUGUAUUUCAAUCUCGAGACAUAAAUCCAACAUAUCAAUUAUUGAUUUGGAAUAAAAUAAAUCCUGAAAUUAAAGCCAGACUAAGUCAGUGACACAGAUGGAACAAUCCAAUACAGAAGAUGAAUCUCCUUUAAAUGUUUAUAUUAGGGUUGCGUUGACAACUAAACACGCAAUUCAAUAUCACUACAUAUCAUUAAAUUUGAAAUCAACCAGAGCUUGAAAACCUAGGCCUAUUGUGUUGUCUAUUGUUAGUUGAAUUCUGGGUUGAAUUGAAACAAUAACUGUUGAUGACUUUGCAAAUGCCAUAUAGGCCUAAAUAGCAGAAUUGAUUAUACAAUAUAUGAGUGAUAAAGUACGGUCACAUUUCAUUUGCUUUGUUAAACCUACCCUUUGGAAUGACUUCGAUAGCAACAGUGAAUCUAUUUUUUUUUUUUAAUUGGAGAUCCAUUCUCAACAAUCGUUCUCACAAUAGCACAUUGGUAAUAGUCAGUGACGGAUAUCAUAGCUAAGCAGGGCUGGGCUUGGUUCAAAUCCUUGAUGGGAAACCAAAGGGUAACUGUAGAUAUAUUAAUUCUCCAGUAGGAGGUGCUGCCCAGCCUAUUGUUUUUUUCUUCUCAUAGUGGAUAUAAUGUUGAAGAUCUGACGUUUUAAAGGUAUAAAUUAAACAUUUUAUACGAGAUUUGUCUAUGUUGAUAUUUGGUUACCUUAAUGGCAUAAUCCUGUGGUUGAAAUUUCACCCUCAAAACAACAGUUGACAACUGAUGACUUUUUUGAAAUCCAAUGUAUUCCCCUAGAUUCCAUGUCACAAUACGUUGACAAAUGACGUUGAAACAAUGUUGAUUCAACCAGUUUGUGCCAAGUUGGUAGGAAGUGAUUUCCGAUGCAGUCACAGUCAAAUCUUUCAGCUGCCUCAGAGAAAGAGGUCCCUCUUCUAGUAGUCCCAUAGGACAGUCAGUCAGGUCAAUGUCAAUGUCAGUCCUGUGUUGUGUCGUCUCAGGCCAUCCACUCCCAUCUGUGAGCUGCUGGAGCACAAGUAUGCCCAGCACUGGCUAGAGGAGCAGCAGGCCAAGGAGAGAGCCCUGGAGGAGAGGCAGCUCAACAUGGUGAGAUUUGGGGACGAGUGGAGAGGAAAGGAGAGGAGAGUGGUUUUAAAGGUAGCCAGGAGCAGUGUUCUCCAGGGUUGGGUUCAAUUCCAUUUUCAGUUCGGGGGGUGGAUUGAAAUUACAAUUAAAGGAUUCUGAAAUUGUCUAUUGUUUCGUAUGAGCAUUUUUCCAUUCAUGAAUUGAACGUCAAUUUACUUCCUGAAUUGACUUUAUUGAAAACUGAAUUGAGCCCAAACUCAUAUGCACUAUGCAUCCUGAAGACUGGCACGCAAGGAAGGGUUAUUUAUUUUUUAUAACCUGUUUUGGAGAAGGUAUUACCAGCAGUAGUAGUAAGUAGUACUUGUAGUGGUGGUGGUAUAAGUAUUAGUAUCCAUGUUGUGCUUUGGCCUUUCUAAAUGUUCUAUGUAUGUCCAUUUCUCUUCUGGCGUGGCUAUCCUUGCAGCCUAAGCUGGGCCGCAUCCAGGAGACACGGACAACUCUGUUGAGGAAGAGUCGGCCCAUGCCUGAGUCUACCCCGCUGUGGAAGCUUCCCCGCUUCCAGCAGGUAAGAGCCCAGUACAGUAACACCACAGCACAGCUACAGGGUCACCAGACUAGACAGCCCAACCAGUUUUACUGUAGUUGUUCUAUUACCGUGCGUGUGUGAGUGAGAGAGGUGUAUCCUGAAGGCAUUUCUACACACAGUCCAUAGGGAAUCAGUGAGGAAUGGAAGGGGAAAUAAUAAAUAAUAUACUGCCUUAGGGGAGGUUUACAGUCAAAUUUAUGAUUUACAACACACACACAGGCAUGUGUAGACCCACACACCCUCAGUGAUCCCCCUCGCUCACCUACCUCAUGGCUAGCACAGGCCUCCAAUUAAAUCAAAGUGAUGUGUUUUUAUUGGCGUUUUACAAUGACAAGUGGGCUAUCAUUGUGACGGCUCUACCUGUCAGUGAGGCAAUGAAAAUACUCCAUUGACAAUGCCCACCACUUCCAAUUAUGGGGGAAUCAGCCUGCUGCCGCGCUAACGAUCCGCCACUGCCUUCCACACGCAUACACACACACAGUCUUCCCCACCUAACUUUACUUUCCCAAUUUCUUCCCAUUCCUCUCCUUUCCUCCAUAUAUAUUUCUGGUGCGCUGCCUGGUGUCGAGGUCUGCUUUCGAUGCCUGUCAGCUUUAAUGAGGCGAUUUAAGGUUUAUUUUGGCGGCACGCGCACCGCUAAAGUCUUUCUUGUCUGACAGCUGACGGUGAAAGGCGAAUGUUAACCUUAUAAAAGACUUAACAAUCCUCAUUAUUUUCUGUCAAGUAGCAUUUCUGAUGGCUCUGGGUUCGGCAUUUGCAUCCCUGACUUUUCCGGCGUGCUCCGCGUUUCAUCUGCUCAUCAUUUGUUUGUUUGUGUUGUCAUUUGUCUUUUACAUCUCUCAAUUCUAUCUUUGUUGAAUCGCUUGUUUUUUCUUCCCCGUUUCAAUAAGAUGCGAUGGUUCCACAGGAUACAUGAUUUCUUACCAAACAAAGAGAACAUAACAAACAAGUAAAUAUUUAAAUAAACAAAUGACACACAGGCAAUGUUACACUGUGCUUUUUUCUGGCAUGUAGAUUUGAUAAGGGAACUGAUGGGAGCUGUUUUCUCAGUGUUUGAAGCAUCCUACAAGCGAUUUGCAACAUGUUAAAUGUAAGAAAAAAGUGUGUACUUGCAGGAUUGACUGGCAGUCCGUAUCUGAGGACAACUUUUAUUCCAAAAUCUAAAUGUAUUUUAGAAAGUACUCUUCCACAAUCCACACACAUCAAUCUAAAUGUAUUUCAGAAAGUACUCUUCCACAAUCCACACACAUCAAUCGAAAUGCCUGGAGGAAAGAGUGAGAAAAGCCUGUGGAGAUGCAUUAUAUGUAGGCCUCAAACUCUCCAUCACAUCUUUCAGAAUGUUUACUCACACAUUGGAGUUGAUCCACAUGGCAGGUCCCUUUCAUUUUGUUUCCAGUGUUGAGCCCUAUCUAGCAGGAUGGAUUGAUCGAAGAGCCCACAGUCAUAUCUAUAUAAGACUUUCCUACACAUCUAUAUAAAACGUUGCCAUAUAAGACUGGGCCAAGUCAAACUCACCAUAACAUAUCUCUAUAUAAGACUGGUCAAACUAACCAUGUCACAAGCCAAACUCACCAUCACUGUUUAUCUUUUAUCUGCAGGUUGGCCCAGCUCUGGACACCUUCCGGGAUCCAUAUGCUAGAAAGAAGGCCUUCAGUGCCCACUUCUCAGACUCAGUGGCACAGACAGGACAGCUGGGCCAGGCACCCUAG